AUGGAUCGACGAGUGGAUCAAAACCGAGACUUUCGGAUAGAAGAGGAAACUUUGUCGCCCCUCGAACUCGAUUGUAGCACGGCAGUGGUGGCGGUGGUGGUGUUCUUCCUGCUCAUAUCUUGGGAUCUGUGGGGAGCAAGUAGUGGUGGGAUCGUGAUCGAGAAAGCUGUGACAUGGAUCUCAUCCAAAGGAAGCCGCAUGAUCACUAGGAAGAAGAGGAUCAUCCCCGACACUGGUAGUUUUGCCAAAUCACAAAAGAAGAAAAACUUGUAUGGAAUGAAUCUUUGCGCCGAUCCGCUGUGUCGACACGGAUCGGAGCCGCGAGAGCGACUGGGAACCCAAAUCCAGCAGCGGCGGCAGGAGCGUCGCGAUUUGAUCGAGCGUCUGGUGCGCGAGGUGGGUGAUCUAACGCAGGCAAGGCUUCUCCACUCGCGCAUUCUGGACAGCGAGUUCCGGGACGAUAGAUUCGUGGCAAAUAUCCUUGUCCAGAUGUAUGGCGACUGCGGAAGCGUCGAGGAGGCCCAGAGGAUCUUUGCCAGCAUCCGGGACCCCAACGUUUUCAGCUGGAGCAUCAUGAUCCAAGCAUAUGCCCGGAACGGGCAUGUCGAGGAAGCGAGAAAACUCUUCCAAGCCAUGCCCGAGAGAAACGUCGUGUCGUGGACGAGCAUGCUUGUAGCUUUUGCACAAAGCAACUAUUUGAUAGAAGCAAAGAUGGUUUUCGACGAAAUGCCGGAGAGAAAUCUUGUAGCAUGGUCCGCUAUGGUUGCAGCAUUUGCCCAAAACGGGCAUUUAAAUGAAGCUGUGGGGCUGUUUGUCAAGAUGCCUUUCUUGAGCUUGGUCUCGUGGAAUUCCAUGAUCUCGGGAUAUGGCGAGAACUCGGAGCUCCGCCAGGCCGAGCGCUUGUUCCACAGGAUGCCGGAGCACAACACCGCGUCGUGGAACGCUCUCUUUCAGGCUUACGUCUUGAAUGGCGAGCUGGAGGCGGCCAAGAGGCUCUUUGCGGGGAUGCCCGAGAGGAACAUCAUUUCCUGGACAGCCAUGGUGGACGCAUACGGGCAGUCCGGCUACUUGCAGCAAGCACAGCGGACUUUCGACAGGAUGCCCGAGUGGAAUGCCGUGUCAUGGAACACCUUGAUUGCUGCUUACGCCCAAAACGGGCAUCUCCGCCAGGCCAAGAGAAUCUUUGAUGCCAUGCCCGAGAAGGACGUCGUCUCAUGGACGGUGCUCAUUCGAAUAUAUGGUCAGCAGUGCCGGGUCGAGGAGGCGAAGUUGACUUUCGACACGAUGCCCGCGCGAAGCUCCGUGUCGUGGAACUCGAUAAUUGUGGUCUUUGGCCAGAGCGGCUACGUCGAGGACGCCGUGAGGAUCCUCACGCAAAUGCCGCACUCUCAGGUGGCGUCGUGGAACUCCGUGCUGGCCAUGUAUGCUUUGAACGGCCAGCCGAGCUCCUCCAAGCGGGUGUUCGAGAGGAUGCCUGGCAGAGAUUUGCUGUCGUGGAACUCGCUCAUCGCAGCGUUUGCGCGCAUUGGAUGCGUCCACGAGUGUGUGGAGUUGCUGCUGGAUAUGGUCGUGCAAGGAUUCAAGGCGAACCAGGUAUCAUUUCUGGGCGUAAUCAUCGCGUGCAGCCAUGCGGGGCUUGUAAAGAUCAGCUGGUGGUGCUUCACAAGCAUGGUAUCGCAGUUUGGAUUGACUCCCGCGGCGGAGCAUUAUGCUUGCAUGGUGGACAUACUUGCGAGGUCGGGGGAGCUCAGUCAGGCCGAUGAACUGAUCAACAACAUGCCAUUCUUUCCCAACGAUGUUGCAUGGAGCACUUUGGCUGGUGCUUGCAAGCUACAACAGGAGCUCAAGCUGGGAAAUUACGCUGCGAGCAGGGCCUACAGGCUUUUGCAGCUACAGAAUCGAAGCAUAUAG